AAAAAGGAGGAGAGAAGGGAAGGGUAACACUUCGGAUCUCCCAUCGACCUUCACCUCGCCAUGGCUUCUGCUUCUCGUCUUCUCACCCGCCGCUCCAGAAAGUUGUGUUCCGACGCCCAAACCCUUUCGAUCCGUCAGUUCAGUGCAAGUUUUGUUGUUAAGGACACCGACGCUUUACGAAAUCACCAGCAUGAGGUCAUUUCUCAUAAGAAAGCGAAUGAUUUUAGCUCGGUGGAUGGUUCUGCUGGGAAGAUUCGCAGCUUCAAGGUUUCGGGCAUUGGAGAGAGAAGAAGCGGCACAAGUUUGCAAACUAUCAGCAGGAUUAGCACGUCAUCGGUCGACAUGAAUGGUGGCUGGUUUUUUAGAGAUAGACAUGGGAUCUCACGUUCGUCACCACAAGCAGUCAGGAGAUAUUCAUCUGCCUCUGGGUUGCCUCCUCAUCAGCAGAUUGGGAUGCCAUCUCUUUCUCCUACGAUGACUGAGGGAAACAUUGCGAAGUGGCUGAAGAAAGAAGGAGAUAAGAUUUCUCCUGGCGAAGUGCUUUGUGAAGUUGAAACUGACAAAGCAACAGUGGAAAUGGAGUGCAUGGAGGAAGGUUAUUUAGCUAAGAUCAUCCAUGGAGAUGGAGCAAAAGAAAUCAAAGUUGGUGAGGUGAUUGCUAUUACUGUUGAGGAAGAAGCGGAUGUUGGAAAGUUCAAGGAUUACGAAGUUUCAACAUCACCUGCUGCUUCUGAUGAUGCUUCUGGGAAGGAAUCUUCUGAUUCUUCCCAUCCAGCAAAGGAAGAUGUCCAGCCUGAAAGUGUUCCUGAGACAAAGGGUAAAAAAGAGAGUGAGCCCCAUCGGCCAGAUGAUCGAAUUUUCAUUAGCCCAAUAGCCAAAAAAUUGGCACAAGAUAACAAUGUUCCUCUUUCAAAAAUUAAAGGGACAGGGCCAGAAGGCCGUAUCGUGAAGGCUGACAUAGAUGACUACUUGGCUCGGAGUUCAAAGGAAGCCCCUGCUGCAUCCAAAACUGCAGCAGCUACACAAAUGUUGGAGUACUCUGAUAUUCCUCAUUCACAGAUAAGAAAGAUAACGGCCUCCCGCCUACUGUUCUCCAAACAAAGCAUUCCUCAUUAUUACUUGACAGUUGAUGUGUGUGUUGAUAAACUCAUGAGUUUGCGCACACAGCUAAAUUCAUUGCAAGAAUCUUCUGGUGGGAAAAAACUUUCCAUCAACGACUUUGUAAUAAAGGCUUCUGCUUUGGCCAAUCGUAAGGUUCCCGAAUGCAAUGGUUCCUGGACAGAUGAGUAUAUCAGACGGUUUCACAAUGUGAAUAUAAAUGUUGCUGUUCAGACCGAUAAUGGGCUAUUUGUCCCUGUUGUUAGAGAUGCAGAUAAGAAAGGGCUAUCUGCCAUCGCGGCAGACGUAAAACAUCUUGCUGAGAAAGCCAAAAGCAAUAGCCUGAAGCCAGAAGAUUAUGAGGGAGGCACAUUUACAGUGUCAAACUUAGGUGGCCCGUUUGGUAUAAAGCAGUUCUGUGCUAUUAUCAAUCCUCCCCAGGCAGCAAUUCUAGCUGUUGGCUCUGCUGAAAAGAGGGUAGUACCCGGUGGUCUGCCGGACGAAUACAAAGUCAGUUCUUUCAUGACGGUCACCUUAAGUUGCGACCAUCGUGUCAUUGAUGGUGCAAUUGGUGCCGAGUGGCUCAAAUCGUUCAAAGGCUACAUCGAAGAUCCGAUUUCCAUGUUGCUUUAAACCAGAUGUGGCAUUUCCUUGAAAGAAAUUUUGUGCCAAUUGAGUUUCCAAAUAAGCGCUACCGUGUCAUGUCUUAAGAAAUUUUGUUGCCAUUUAGUUUUUAAAAUAAACUCUCAUGGGUACUGAUAUUCUGCUGCUCAGCUCGGGGAUCGAGAGGCCCAGAUUUUUCUUUGUAUCAUUGAUGUGCUGAUUUAUCAUUCGACAAAUUUCACUACAAAUUGCUGCUGAUUUUUGCAUAAGAAAAUAGUUAUUGCUUGAGGAUCAUGGUAA